CUUUAAUAAAAUAGAUGUUUUAUGUUUACAGAAUAAGGAGUUCGGUCAUGUAAGAAGUUCGGCGCCAGCUCAGUCUUGGUUCCCCAGAGUUCGACGCUUAUCCAGACCUGCACAUCGAGUUAUAGAUCCUACUGAAGAUUGUUUCCUGGUGACAUCAGAAGAAGGGGAACUGUUCUUUAAAUCACCAUCAGAUGAACCAUCGGUGUGCGGGAUCUACAUGAUUGCGGAGCCGGAUAAAAGGAUCGAAGUUAUUUUCAAUUAUCUCGAUGUGCCGUGUGAAGAUGGAGGAUUGGUUGCGUGGGUAGACGGAUGGGAGCUUAAUGGGCAAGUGUGGCCUGCGGACACUUGGGACGACGACCGGGUAGUGGAGACCUGCGACCAACGACCGCAACGCAAACUCGUAUCCCGACAAAACGCCGCUCUAGUACAGUAUCGCGUGCCGGCUCAAGGGAAGGGAUUCGCAGUUACUGUUAGACACAUCCGAAACGCACGACCUUGCAACGUGAUGGUGUUUGGUUCUGAGGGCGUAUAUACUUUAAGAAAUCACGGGGAAACUGGCAAUUGUUCGCUGCUAACUAUUUCUCCAUCAACUGUGCGUGUACUGGACUUGAACGUCGGGCAAACGAUAAAAAAAGGGCACAUGUUGGAAUUGGAAACUGGACCUAUUCAUCAUUGCACAAAGCGCGGCUUGGCUGAUUAUGUGGACAUUGGCGGCGCCAGCGGUCUCGACCACACGAAAAUGGAGGUCCUCGACAGUGUGUGCGGACUCGACUCUAAUGAAGCUCGUCGCGCGGCGCUCAUCGCUUGCGAAGACACCGUUGUGCGGCUAGUAUCAAGCGGACAGUACUACAACUCCGUCACUGUGGCUUUCGCCCCUCUCCCCGCUGAGGACAUCGAACGCGCGGACUUGCUAUGCGGCUUCAACGACAUGUAAAAACUAUGGACAGUUUAUUGGACGCCUCGCAGACUUGCUUAUAACGUUGUAAAGUUCGUGUAGUAUGAAUUACUGAGUCUUAUUUACUGUGGUUAUAGACAUUAUGUGACAAAAACUGACAUCGCAAAGAAUAGCAACAGAAAUAAUAUAUAAAAUUAAAUGUAGAUUGUGAAGAUUUAUCGUGUAAGUAGACAUUUGAAUAAAAAUAUCUUUAUUUCAUUAUGUAAUCGACUCGACUUAGGAACUGGUAUGAGAAUAAAGAAGUUUAAGUAUUAAAUAGUUUAUAGUCCCCAGGUUAUGACCCCGCCGUCUAGAUUAUGUAAUCAAAAUGGAUUACCGACUUCAAAGUUUAUCUCUAGUCACAAGUAAAUUAUAGAUGUUUUACAUACAAAUUGCCAAUAAAUAAGUGUAUAUGUCAAAA